ACUCCGAACUCCGGUGGUGUGAUGGGUGAGGACGGGCUGGGUGAUGUGAUGUGCCUCUCUGCCGGUCGUGCUUUCCGUCCCGCGUGCUCCACAGCCUUCCGCACCAAGUUGUCCACUUACUUGUCCACUUGGGUCGGCCUUCUGCCGUCUGCUGUGUCGUGCUCCUGCUCGUGCCUACUUCUGUACGGACAAGGCUUGCUGCAAACCCUGCCCGGCGACUUCACACCCCAUGAAAAGGAGGCAAGCCUGUGGAGUGGACCAUCAAGCAUGUUACGUGUACAGCAGGCGGGUAGAGUGGCGUCGGCCGCGCUGAACGCGCUCGAGAAAAAGCUCAGCAGGGUAAGGUGGAGGCGUUCGAAUCCACGUUGGGGUUCGAGAAGGCGUACUCAGACAGCCCCGGCAACUCUUCUCGCGUCAACACUGUGGGCUGUUUGCGAUGUCAUCGACGUUCUGGUAGACGAGCCCUCCCCGCAGGACUCCUCGAAACCCCUCAGCGAUUGGAGCGCCACCGACCUCGUACAAGGUCAUGGCCGACGAGGCCAAGCACAGGAUCGCAGGGAUGGAGGCGUUCCGAUCGUUCAUGGGUUUCAAGGAGGCCUGCGACCGACAAAUUACGUGAUGAUGCUGGCUGCGAGCUCGUCGUUCAAGGGCAUGGACGACAUGGCCAAGUACGACGAGGCCAUGGAGGAUCCGGGCGGAUUUCACGGAGAAGCUCAGCAGAGCCGACAAGCGUACCAAGCAGGAGCUGAAGCAGAUGCUGAGAACCACCAAGAGCGGAAAGGGGUCGGUGCCGCUCAAGUCGAACGACAACAGGAUGAAGGUGCCGUGAGGGCCCUCCAGAAGGCUAAGGUCAAGGCCAACGCGAAGACCGACGCAGAGAAGGUGGCGGUGACAAAGGCUGGCGAGACUGCGAAGGCCUUACGGAAAGCGGCGCAACAGGCUAGGCAGGAGGCGAUGCACCUGUUUGCCAAGAACCCCAGCGCGGAGAGUGUGAAGGGGCAUCAAACGUUGGGGCGACAAGAUCAAGAAGCUUCAGCAUUCGGUGUUUUUGGCGAGUCCACGGCGAAACUAGAGCUGGAAGCUUGACUAAAAGCGUUCCGCUCGUUCGUGAGAGAGACAAGAGAGUCGAGAUGAAGCAUGUUCACGAAAAUUGAAAGAAAUGUUUCGAAGUGGAAUUCCACGUUUUUUUCAACACGUGUGUCGAGUAUGGUCUCGUGUUUGUUGUGUCACUGCUUCACUUGUCGACCUUGAGUGUGUUUGGCACAGGCGAUAUUCGUCGUAGCUUGA